GAAUAUAAACCAUCUUAAUGAUAUCAGUUGUCCGAUGUUUAUUUGAUCUGAAUGUUAAUAACUGAGUUUUUCUUUCUGCUAUUGGACACAGGAUGUUGACAGAUGGCCUUGGGUUAUGCGUUUGAUUGGAUUGUAACAGUCGAGGUUAUCCCUGUGAAUCACAAGCAGUUGCCAUGGUGCAGGUGAGAGAGUUCAUGGGGCCAUGGGCAGCUCCAGGGUUGGGGUCAUUUUCUUCAGAUUUCGUCAUGUUCUCUCUGCUCUUCCUCCUCCUCUCCAUCAUCCUCGCCCUCUGCACUAACUGUAGAAGGCAUUCCUUUACACUCCGGGAUGGUGGUGAGGAGGUGGACAGAACCCAGUCACAGCUGGUCAGAGUGGUGAAGCUAGAGGAUGCCCUGGCCGCCAGGGAGAACCCAAUGAUCAAUGACAUCAGAAAAGAUGAGAGUGAUUUCAGUCCCACACCUGAGGACAGUGUCAUUGGUGUCCCAGAGCAGCCUCCUGCUGAUCAGGAUGUCACCUGGUUGAAACCCUGGAGGAGCCACACGGAGGCACCUGAUCAAGGUGAUUCUCCAAGUGCCUUGCAGAUUGCCAACCGAACCCCCCUGGCCAUGACGGUUAUAUCUCCUUCGCCUCCCACAACCGUCGACAUUGGUGACCUGAGUGAUGUUCUGAACUUCACACCUGAGCUCCACUUUAUCCCAGCCCCCGUUGCCAUGGUGGAAGUCGACACCCCCCUUGAAUCUUUAUCCCCACCUUUCUAUUCAGAGGACACCCUAGAUGCCACCAUCGUGAGCAGCUUUAACCCUGUUGCUGUCCCCAUCCUUGAACCUGUGGAAGCCCCCAUCGUGGAUCUCCCCAUCAUGGAUGUCACCAUUGUGAACAGCCUUGAACCCCUGCAAGCCCCAAUUGUGGAUGCACCCAUCGUGAGCAGCCUUGAACCUGUUGAACAUGCGGCUGCCACUGUCAUUAAUGACCUUGAUAUCCUAAAUGCUCCAGUUGGCUUAGAGAACCUGGAUGCCCCAGUCGUCAACAGUCUUGACACACUGGUGCUGGACGCCCUCAUUGUAAACAGCCUUGAACCUGUGGACAUCCCUGUCAUCAAUGACCUUGGCACUCCAGAUCCCCAAAUCGUAAAUAUUCUUUACACCCUGGAGCUGGAUGCUCCCAUUAUAGAUGUCCCCAUCGUGGACAGCCUUGCACCUGUGGAAUUCCCCACCAUGAAUGACAUUGAUGUCCUGGAGGCCCCUGCGGAGUUCAGCUCCAGCUUUAACCCUCAGCUUGAAGUAGAGGUUCAUGUGGACGGUGAGGGCCAGAACCAGGGGCGUUCUCUCUAUGUACAACCCCAGCAUACCUAUGAGAUCAUUGGGGAGCCCAAUCCUAAUGAACACUCUGUGGAAGUGGACCUGGCAACUGCAAGCUCUCAAACCAUAGCUGAACUGGUCAAUAAAUCCACCACACAUUCUGACAAUGACACAACCACAGUCACUGAGCCCCUGAGUAUGAAACCAUAGCUGAACUGGUCCAUAAAUUGAGCGCAACCACACUGCCUGACGAUGAGCCAAUAACAACCACAGUCAGAGCCAGAAGGGAUUGACCUUACAAGCCCACACUCAUUGGUAGAGGAGGGUUUCUGUGACGGGGUGGAAUCCAAUGUACGCUAGAGUGAGAAGGAAGCUUAGUAAAAGUACCACCCCACCCCCUGUGCUUCCAUCGGAGGAUGAGGAACCGGAGGGAUUUUCACCUCCAUUACCAGAGAGAAGUGGAGAGAUGGAGGGAUGAUCAUCAUGAAUAUCUCAUAAGACUUCAAAUGUGUGUUACGUCAUCAAUUCUAUUUAUAUAGACUCAGCUGUGUCAUUUAUAGAUGUAACAUGUCUCAGCUGAUGAAGAUAAGGGUUGUACCCAGUCCACAUCUUAAACGAUCUCAUAUGAGACAGGUAUCGCACUGUCCUAUCCUUCACACUAUUUCCAGUCCUUUCAUUAGCUUAGCAUUAAACUCCUUACAAUGCUAUGCUACAUAUUCCAUAAGGAAGGACCCUAAGCCCAGAGUAGAACUGGAUCACCUAACAUGUUCCAGAGUAGGCUUUAUGUUUGUAUUUACUAACACAUUACAGGGUGAAGUGGAAAUUACGCAGUAAUAAACCAUUGAGUUACUGGUUUCUUUGAGAUUCAUUCAAAAGGGUCCACUUAAGACUCUUUCCAUCUCUAGAAUUACAAACAUUAUACUUUAAUGACAAUAGUGGUGCAUUCUUAAUAAAUAUUUAAUGUAUAUCAACAAAGUAAAUGGACAACAUUAUGGGCGGGUCCGAAUACCCAUACUUAAAUAGAAGGCUUUUUGGGUAUGCAAAAAUGUGUUAUAUUAUGUGUCAUUUCGAAAAAUGUAGUAUGAUUUAAGUGCAAGGAUGUCAUACUAAUUUUGGCUUUAAAUCAAUUAUAAUUUGUGCGUAGAGAAUGACAGAGGACUCCAGUGGCCAAAAAUGUGUUUUAUCAUGUGCAU